CUCUGACCGCCAGGCCUGGGCUCUUCCCACCAGGCCGCUCUGGUUGCGUCCAACGGGGGGGGAGCUCUUCGGGGCCAGAGAGCAGCCGACCCAGAGAUAGGGUCUGAGUUUCACUUCUCGGUCGGCACGUUCUGAGGAUGACACUCUGCGGAGCUGCUGCCGCUGCGCUUGUGGUCUCCGGGGCGGGGGACGGACGGCAGAGUCCUCCCGCCUGAGCCUUUGCAGGAAACAGGGCCUCGUCUCAGCUCCCGGGGCCCGCCUGCGCUUCUGCCCACGAAGCCGUCUGGCUGCCUGUCUGUCUGCUUGUCUGUCUACGUGCAUGCUCGCCUGAGCGCCUGCCCGGGAGCCCACCUCAGCACUGCCCUGAGCGUGUGAGUCGGAGCGUGUGUCUGAGCCUGCGCCCGAGCCGUGUGGGCCCCUUGGGCCUGGGUAUCUGCCUUCUUCACGUUUCUCUCUCCCCUCCCUCCUCCACCAACUGACUCCGAGAAUGCGCUCCUGCACUACCUGAGCGACGACAAGAUCUUGGUGAUCCAGGAGGAGGCCGCCAUGCAGAAAGAUGGCAAGAGAGACGUGGGAGGCCGGAGGUCCAGGAAAAAGGGCAGGGGGCUCACCAGCCCACCCCGGCCCCUCAGCCCGACCCUGCUGACCAGCAGCGGGACAGCCCGGACGGACCCGGGGCAGCAGGACGGCGGUGGCUUUGCCCCGGCUGAGAGCCACACCGUGCCGCUCUACCACCGAGCAGGAGACCCUGGCGGCGGAGAUUCAGAAAGGUAUGCUAGUUCGGCCAGUGACCGCCCCGGAAGCUCAUCCAUGAGGAAGUCUUUUCACUACGCUUCCUUGAGAGUGAAAACCAAAAAAUGGUCCAAAGGGGGCUCAUUGACCAGCGGCAGCCGGAGGCGGAUUUCCUGCAAGGACCUGGGCCACGGCGACUGCGAGGGCUGGCUGUGGAAGAAGAAAGAUGCCAAGGGCUACUUCACCCAGAAGUGGAAGAAGUACUGGUUCAUCCUGAAGGACCUGUCCCUGUACUGGUACACGAACCAGAACGAUGAAAAAGCAGAAGGGUUCAUCAGCCUGCCCGAAUUCAGGAUCGACCGAGCGGUGGAGUGCAGGAGGAAACAUGCCUUCAAAGCGUGUCACCCCAAAAUUAAGAGCUUCUACUUUGCCACGGACUGCCUGGAGGAGAUGAACCGGUGGAUGAACCGCCUGGGGCUGGCGGCCAUCGGCUACACCCCCGAAGACAAGGAUGUCCGGCCUGAUGAAGCAGAUUACUGGAGCGAAAGUGAUCAGGACGACAUGGACGGCUCGUUGACCCUGAAGCACGAGGGGCCCCCCGCCCAGGGCGGUGCUAACCACCAGAUCCCCUCCGUGACUUCCUCCUCCGCACCCUUCCCCGAGUCCGGGCCCAGACGGCAUUUCUCCAGCGAGUCGGCCUACAGCCAGAGGUCUGCCGAGGAGGCCCGCCCGUCCUGCCGGGAGAGGCGCUCAUGGCAGGACCUCAUCGAGACUCCCCUGACCAGCACCGGCCUGCACUUCCUGCAGACGGUGCCCGCCGAGGCAGGCGGAGGCUCCCCGGACCAGCGGCGGCAGGCCACGCUGCCCAUCCAGAGGCAGCCCGCCCGCGAGCGGGACGGGCCCUUCCCGCUGCUCGGGGGCCAGCGUGGAUCCGGCUGCGACCAGGCCCGGGCCCAGAAGCCACGCAGCCAGAGCCUCCCGCGGAACCGAGACGUGGCGGGCCAGGGCCGGGGGCCAGUCUCCCCACGGCCGACCGACCGGUCACCCCUCCUGGAGACGGACGGCUGCGGUCCGGAAGCGCCGUCCCAGGAGAGCCGGGAGAGCAGCCCCGACGGGCUGAGGGAGCUGUACCAGUCCUUGGAGCAGGCCAGCGUGUCGGCCUUCGGCGAGCAGCGGCCCUCCACCAGGCAGGAGUUCCGCAGCUCCUUCGUCAAGAGGUGCAACGACCCGGUCGUCAAUGAGAAGCUGCACCGCAUCCGCAUGCUCAAGAGCACGCUGAAGGCAAAAGAAGGGGACCUGACCGUCAUCAACCACCUCCUGGAGGACUCCACCCUGACGGCCAAGAAGUUCAAAGAGUGGAAGCUCAAGAACUAUGAGUUCUUCCUGGACCUCUGUGAGUUCAACGCCGGCCCGGCUCCCGCCGAGGGGCCCUCGGAGCGGCCGUCCUCCCCUCCACCCCCGCCGACGCUGACUCACACACACUCGUUCAUUGAGACGCACGUCUGACCCGGCCUCGUUGGGGCCCGCCGCUCCGGGGCCCGCCAGGCCCCACGCCACAGACGUUCGAGGAGCCGGACCCGGGGGGACGAGGACGAGAGGGGAGCCGCAUGGCGUCGCGGCCUGCUGUCUGAAGCAUCACCUGAGGAGCCGGGGCCGUUCCCCCAGGAGUUCUCUCCUGCCACUCUGUCCCUCCAAAGCGCGUCCGGCUCGGCCUGAAGACAGCCUAGGGAGGAAGCGGGAGACCUCUGAGGUAUUUUUCUCUCUCCCCCUCGGCGAUGGUGGAAAGGCCCCCAGAUGGAUGAAAAAUACACCUUCUUCCCUACCUAGAACAAAGGCCCGUGGCGGGUGGGGAGGAGGGUUGGGGAGGGGAGGCCUACGGGCCGACCGUCCCCAUCCCGCCCGUGCGACCACUGGCGUCUUCUCCCCAGAAGCCCACGGGCCCCUGUCCUGGGGUCACGUGGCUCUCCGGCCCUGCGCCGCUCCGAGGAGCUGAGCAGCCGGUGGUCAGGGUCAGAGCUGCCCGUGUAGUGUGCCUUACUGAGGUGGGUGACUUUUGCGGUGGGGCAGCAGGCCAGGCCUCAGGCCCCGGGUACCCAGCAGGCUCCUGGGAAAGAAGGGGAGGGGGCGAGGGGAGAAUCUCUCCAUUCUCUCCCCCAACUCAACCUGGGCCCAGGACGUGGGGACAGAGUUGGGAUGGUGGCAAGGGAGGGGGCAUGGGGCAAAGGGGAGGGAGGUGGGGGAGGAAACGGCGGCAUCGUCCCCCCUCACCCCCGACACCUAUAGCUUUGCAAUUCCCCAGCCCUCAGGGGCAGCCCCGAACCUCCCCCGCUCUCCUCCCUUUCCCCCCGAUGCCCUUACCGGUGCCAUCCGGCGACCCCGAGCCGACAGGCCGUCUGGGUCGGGAUUGGCAGUCGUGAGCAGGUGCUACCCCCUCUCCCCUCCGCCACCCACUCUUUGCUGGAAAAGUGCCACCCACCUCCCAGAACGAGAGCCCCCUCGCCUUCAAGAGACAUUCCCGGGAUGUUCCCGGGAUGUUCCCAAGGCGUUCCCAGGAGAGCGGCCCAGGAGAACUGGGCUGGGACUGCCGCCGAGGAAGGUGGGGCCCUUCUUCAGGCCACCGACAAAAUCCAGAGCCACUGUGAAGGCAGCCCCUCCCCACCCCUCGGGUCCCUCCUCUGACCCGAGGUGGGCAUUUAGGGGUCCUUGAGGUGCAGACCCCCAGCCCACUGGACCCGAAGAGGAGGGUCAUGCCACUUCCCCCGACCCCUCUGGGUCCCCGCCACGGGAGCGAGGGCUCCGGAGAGGGCGGGCCCUCGAAACAGGUCACCGGAGGGGCCGGGGCGGCGCGAGGCCCGUGAGGAGAAGUACUUGCCACCCUAGCCCAGUGACGCCCGCGUCCCAUGGCUCCUCCUCUCCCUGCCCUUCCACGCGCACCGUGAAACAAGCAGCUGUCUCAGCGGUCCAUUUCUCUCUCUCUCGCCCCAGUCGGCAUCACCGCCUCGGAUAUAGUUCUCCACGAGAAUGAUAUUAUCUGGGGAGAGACGCUACUCUCCCCUCCCACAAGGGGUUCUGGGCAUCCAGCGACCUAGAGGCAGUCGCUCCGCGGUCAUCGUCAAUCCGUCAUCGUCCCAUCAUCCCGGUCAUUCUGGCCAGCGGAGGGCAGGUGGGAAGGGGGCACGUACUGCUAUCACAGAGAGGCUACUCCUCGCCACCAACUUCACUCAGAUCGAAGCUGAGGUUCCCGGGCAAUCAGGCAGGCAAAUCACGAACCUGAAUAUAUUUACUAUGUGAA